GGCGUCGAAGUUGAGGGAGAAACUGGAAUCACUGAGGCGGGAGCGGUAACUAGCGGCAAUCUACUGAACUCAACAAUGGCAUUUGCCCAGAAGAACAAGAAUGCUAUGAGUGCAGCCAUGUUCCCCAGCAAGGUGAGCACGGAGCAUCAGUCUCUCGUCCUGAUGAAGCGUCUUCUGGCCGUGGCAGUUUCCUGCAUCACCUAUCUCCGAGGGCUAUUUCCUGAGUAUGCCUACGGUACACGAUACCUGGAUGACCUUUCUGUGAAAAUCCUGAGGGAAGAUGACAACUGCCCUGGAUCAUCACAAAUCGUCAAAUGGAUGAUGGGAUGUUAUGAUGCAUUACAGAAAAAAUAUCUGCGGAUGUUGGUUUUAGCUAUCUACACCAACGAGGAGCCCCAGACAGCUACUGAAUGUUAUCAGUUCAAGUUCAAAUAUAGGAACGGAGGACCAUUGAUGGAUUUCGCAAGCAACAACGGGAAAAUAAGGUCCACCAUAAGCUGUUUGGACACAAAGAAAGCCAGCGUCCUGCUCAUCCGCAAACUCUACGUCCUGAUGCAGAGCCUAGGACCCCUUCCCAAUGACCUCUGCUUGAAGAUGAAGUUGUUUUACUAUGAUGAAGUUACCCCGUUGGACUACCAGCCACCGGGCUUUAAAGAGGGCACCUCGGAGAGCAUGAUAUUCGAAGGCAAUCCUGUCUUCCUGAGUGUGGGUGAGGUUGCCACCCCUUUUCACGUGUUGAGGAUGAAGGUCACUACUGAGAGUGAGCGGUUGGACCCCCUGGACCAGAACAUCCAGGAGGAGAAUGGCAGAGCCCAGGCUCUAGAAGUGGACCGAAAUGAGCAAGUAGAAAUUAGCGACACUUUACUAUCAGAAAGCCCGGCUGCAUCCCAAACACUCAUUCCUGAAAAGAAUAACGCUGAUGAACAAGAUGCAGGAACAAAAACACCGCCAGAGGCUGGAAAGAACGUAAAUCCAAAAAAGAGCAUCCCCCUGUCUGUGGUGGAGAACUUGGUGAGCAAGACAUCAGAAUUGGAGCUAUCUGGCAGGAGGACAAGAAGUGGGAAGCUCUUUGAUGCAAAAUCCAGAACUGUGGAGCCAGUGGACAAAGGAGGCCAAAAGCCAGUGGAAGACUCGCAGAGAAAGGCUGCUGGUAAGAAGAGAACCACCUCGGAACAAUCAAAACACGCAUAUCAGUUUGAAAUCCCUUGCAGUCAGGAUGAAGUCUCGACGAAGAAGAGGAAGAAAUUCAGUGAACCCAAGGAACGGUUUCGUUAGCUGACAUAUUCACAUCCACAGUGUCUCCUUGGCAUCCACGUUCCUUUUCAGUUGCAGAAACUGGUUGUCGGGAGUUUGCUUCCGUAAUGCUGGUGUAUUGUUUGGGGAGGAGAGAAGGCAGAGUAACGGCCUUGCAGAAACUCCCCCUUAUUCUUGUUAUGCUUUAUUCUCUCAUUCUGCCAUUCCCUUGUAAGGCAGAUGGCUUAGGAACACACUGAAAUUAUUUUGCCCAUGCAUCCUUUUUAAAGGUGCCAAAUUAGUUCCGCCCCACCCCUUCAAAUAUACAGACUGUCCCCUCAUGAGCAGACAAUCCCAAAGAUUUGCAAAAAGUGCUUUCCUCGUCUCAGUCCCAAACAGACAAUGUAUGUCAGUGUCACCCAAUUCUAAAAGAGCCUGUUAGCACCGACCCUGUCACAUUCUCCCUGGGGCUGCCUUCAAAAUUCCAAUGGCCCCAUCAAAGUCAGUUUCCUCAAAAGAUAGCUCUCCCACCUGAGGAACUAUUCUUAUGAACCUUUGCUGUAUGUCCCACCCUCCAAUCAUUUUGCUAAUGUCCAUGGGAACUACCCAGUUUCUACGAACAUUUACAAAAAUGUCACUAGAAGCAGUGAAAUAAUAAUACCCCAUGGUUGAGGGAAUCACUGCUGCAUUGGAAAUCAAAACUACGGCAGACAAAUGAAAUCUGAAAUAUACAGAAAAAUACUUAGCAGGUCAGCCCACAUGUGCGGGAAGAGAAGCCCUUCAUCUUCAACCCUGAAAUAUUUACUCUGCUUCCCUUCCCAGGUCUUGCCUGACCCGCUGAGCAUCCCCCGCAUACCUUACUGUCAAGACAGUACAGUGUCCUCAAAGUCACUGGUGAGACAGAGAUCUCUCAUGUUGAACUUAGCAGUGGCACAGAUGUGUUGCAAUGUACUGACGUUUUUAAAAACAAUUAGGCUCCAAGUGAAUCACAAGACAUGACAAUGGAACAAAAAGUGCACAAGAUGAACUUGAUAUUUACUGGGGUGACAUGUGAACGAUUUCUGUUUCUUAAAGGAGGAAAAGCUAGUUCUCCACCUUAUUCUCAGUUGAGGUGAGGGGGGUGGAAUCCAGCUGUUCAGCUAAAUGGCUGCAGCAUUCAAAGUAAAUUGUACAAGUGCCUGAGUACUGA